GCGAAGGACAUCGCUCCAUCGCCAAGAAUGGCUCUGUGUACCCCAACCCUCCUCGUGUAUCCUCUACAUCGAACCCUAGCAUCGAUCUCCCCCAGUGGUUUCUUCCACUCUUGUGCUCGAUUUCUUGGACUGCGUACCUGGGGAAGAUCCAUCAACGUGUUGAGAUCGCCUGUGGGUUCGAGAGUGAGCUCUAAGCGAUGGAAUAGUGGUAUAAUAUAUUUUUCGCUCAGUGAUGAUUUGGAUUCCGGUAAUGGUUCGUCGGUGGAUGGAUACGUUAAGAAGAGAAAUAUCGUCGAGCAUAUUCUUCUAUUGAGAGCAAAGGAAAAUUUAUCUGAUGUUGAGGAAAAGGACAUGCUUGAUUAUCUCUACACAUCUCAAUAUCAGAUGAGUGGAAUAAUUGCAAUAUCAUUAGGUCGUAUAGAGUGCCCAAAUCUUGAUAAUUUUACUCAUGCAGUAUACAUGCGUUUCCAAAGAAAAGAAGAUCUUGCCAAAUUUUACUCAAAUUCCUACUAUUCCAGAAUUCUUAAGGAACAUGUCACUCCAUAUUGCUAUGGAUCAAUUUCUGUCGAUUAUGAAUCUGAAGUAGAGGAUGAUAUCAUUCCCAUAUUCCGGAGGGGAGAGGAGUUCAACUAUGGUGUUGAGUGCAUGCUUCUGAUGUCUAUUUCCAAGACUGCACCAGAACAUGCUGUAGAAGAUGCAUUAGCUAGUCUAUGGAACUUGACUCUGGAUUUUGGUUCAGACAUUGUACAGGCAACACAAGGUUGCAAUCUCAAUGUUGCAGAUAGUGAAUACACUCAUGCUGCAGUGAUGCGAUUUCCAUCAUUUGAAGCCUUCAAGAUAUUCACAGAAAGCCCCAUCUACAAGGAUAUGUGGAAGCUGAAGUUCCAUGCUAUCACGGGAAAAGCUCUUCUGCUACAUUUCCUUGUCGAUCCUGUAGGCACUGAGUUGAUGUAAGACAGACUACAUUGUUAUUUCAGGUACUGAUCAGAUCAGAUUAAAGCAAGAAGGAACCACAUCUUAUUAAUGUCAAAAGUACCAUCACGGGAGGCAAUGGGCAAAAGAAAUAUUAAAGAGGUUUAGUCAGACACCCUUUUAUCUCUGUGAUUGUUUGUGUCAUUUCAGAGGUAUUGCCACCAGAUCCAUCGGUCACAGGCACCCAAGUCCAGGUAUAUCACCAGUCAGAUCUUUUGGUUCAAAUGGCAUCUUUGUCAAUGCUCUACUUGCAGCUUUACCAUCAUUUAUAGUGGCAUAUGGUCCACCAGGUGCAUAGAACAUCCUGAGAAGGCAACAUACAGAUCUAUAGGUCAAGUUUAAGAG